ACUUACAAACCGACCAAUCAGCACGCUCCUUUCCUGUGUCCUCGUGAGAUAGCGGUUUAACGUACAGUCCAGUUCAGUGAGCCGGUUAGCGCCGUGAUUAGCAGCCGGAGCAUUAGCUUAGCAUCACACAGUGUUAACAGUUACUCUUAUUUCCUUUUACACAGAACAUAAUUUUAUAGACAAUCCCACGGCUCAAUAAAGGAUUCGGAUUUGUACACACUGUAAAACUCCCAGUCAUGAACGAUCAGAUGACCGGCUCGAACGAGUUCAAGCUGAACCAGGGACCUGAUGACAGCAUCUCGGCUGUAAAGUUCAGCCCCAACUCCUCCCAGUUCCUCCUUGUUUCCUCCUGGGACGCCACCGUGCGCCUCUACGAUGUUGGUGGGAAUUCAAUGAGGAUGAAGUACCAGCACAUGGCCCCGGUCCUCGACUGCGCUUUCUACGACCCGACUCACGCAUGGAGCGGUGGUCUCGACCAUCAGCUCAAAAUGCACGACUUGAAUACAGACCAGGACACGGUCGUGGGCGCGCACGACGCUCCUAUCCGCUGUGUGGAGUAUUGCCAAGAGGUUAACGUCAUGAUUACGGGGAGCUGGGACUCGAGCGUGAGGCUGUGGGAUCCUCGGACCCCAUGCAAUGCCGGCACUUUCACCCAGCCCGAUAAGGUGUACACUCUGUCCGUGGCCGGGGAUCGGCUGAUCGUGGGGACGGCGGGGCGGAGGGUGCUGGUGUGGGACCUGAGGAACAUGGGGUACGUCCAGCAGAGACGAGAGUCCAGCCUGAAGUAUCAGACACGCUGCAUACGAGCGUUUCCAAACAAACAGGGCUACGUGCUGAGCUCGAUCGAGGGCCGUGUAGCUGUGGAGUACCUGGACCCGAGUUUGGAGGUUCAGAAGAAGAAAUAUGCGUUUAAAUGCCACCGUCUGAAGGAGAACGGGCUCGAGCAAGUGUACCCUGUCAACGCCAUCUCCUUCCACAGCAUCCACAACACCUUCGCCACAGGUGGCUCCGACGGCUUUGUGAACAUCUGGGACCCGUUCAAUAAGAAGCGUCUGUGUCAGUUCCACCGGUACCCCACCAGCAUCGCCUCUCUGGCCUUUAGCUGUGACGGCUCGCUGCUCGCCAUCGCCUCGUCCUACAUGCAGGAGCUGGGAGACAUCUCACACCCACCUGACGCCGUCUACAUCCGCCAGGUCACUGAUGCAGAGACCAAGCCCAAGUCGACCUGAGGUGUGUGUUCAGGUGUGUGUUCAGGAUCGAACACUCCUGAAGCGUUACACUGAUAAACUUCUGCUGGUAUCCAGUUCUCCGUGUACGUGUGUCUCUCUUUCUUUUCGCCUGUUCUACACUUUCUCCUCGUCUUUGUGUUACGCAACAGAUGUUUUCUUACCUGAUAUUUCUUUCCUCACCUUUCUGUUUAUUCUUUUAUUUUUGUGUCAUCACAUCAGUGCCAGCCCUGUGAAUAUUCCUGUUUUACUUCCAAUAAAUAUUGAUUUGAUUAAA